CUGUGUGACGUGCAAAGCCCUCUCCUGUGUCACAGCCAUCAGAAGCUUUAAGUAGGAGUGCUUGCAGCAAGCAGAGCUUUAGGAGACAAUAGGGAAGAGCAAGCAAUCGCUGAACACACACAGACUGAGAAGGUGUGUUGGGCACACAAUGUCUGCCUUUAGUUUAAUCAGAUAUAAAUCUCUAGCAAGAGGCCUGCUCAGUGCUGGCAGCAGCACAAGGACAGCACUGCAGGGAAGGUCAUAUUGCCAGGCUGUCAAGGAUAUAGCAACCAAAGAAACUAAACCACAGACAAACUCCGGUAAACAUCUAUUCAAACAUGAAAGAAGACCAACAGACUUUGACAAAAAGAUACUUGUCUGGUCUGGGCGUUAUAAAAAGGCGGAGGAUAUCCCAGAAUUUAUCUCAUAUGAGACCCUGUCUGCUUCCAGAAAUAAAGUCAGAAUUAAGAUCUGCUAUGCAAUGAUUGCUGGAACAAUCCUAGGAUGUAUUGCAAUGGUGAUAUCUGGCAAAAAGGCUCUCAAAGAAGAAAACACACUUCUCCAAAAGAAUAUUGAGAGAAAGAGAAAAUUGAGAGAAGACGCCGAACCUUUAAAAUCUCAUAUGAAUUGAUUGGCUGUUGCAUUGUAAUAUAUUGUUUGUGUUUGAAAUAUGCACAAUUUUUGUUUAUUUUUUAAUAAAGCACUAGAAUCUCAGGAGAUAUAAUGAAGUGCCUUCAGCAUUUCUGGCAUGUAUUCACAUUUUUUGUGCUGUCACAGUCAUUAGUCGCAGAAUGUUUGGGUGACAUGUUGGCUUUCAUUUUGGAUGCCAGGUAUGGGCAGCAGAGUAUAAACGAGGAAACAGGAAAGAAUGCAUACAGUACAUACAUGUUCAUACAUUCUUCCUUAUUUGUAUUUUUUAGGUAAAUAAAUAUUUUGGUGGCCAAACUUCUUAUUCUAACUAAAGGAUAUUACAGAAGGUUUUCUGUUUUUAAAUGUAGCACCUUUAUGUUUUUAGUUUUUUUUUUAAUUUUAAUAUUUCUGUUAUUAUAAUAAUAAUAAAUAUGUUUAUUUUAAUGAAUAGA